GCAUUUAUGAAGACUUGGGUAGCGGCAUGCAGAAACUCAAACGCGCCAGCAAAGAUUGUGAUUCCUACAGGAGCAUUUUUGGUGGGACCUGUUGUGUUCCAAGGGCCAUGUAAAAGCUCGGAGCCAAUAGUUAUUGAGGUUCAGGGUACUGUGAAGGCCACGACCGACGUCAGUGACUACUCUUCCCCGGAAUGGUUCUCCUUUGAAUUCGUCAAUGGAUUGGUUCUCACCGGCAAAGGAACUUUCGACGGCCAAGGGCCGAAGGUUUGGCAUUACAAUGACUGCAAGACAAACCCCAACUGCCAACAUCUCGCAUCCUCACUGAGGUUUAGUAAUGUGAACAACGCAUAUGUUGAGGGGAUCACAUCCUUGAACAGCAAAUGGUUCCACUUUUUCAUUUAUGAGAGCAAAAACAUUACUCUCAAUAAUGUUAAGAUAACCGCUCCAGCUGAAAGCCCAAACACCGACGGCAUUCAUAUAAGCGCUUCGACUUCUGUCAAUGUUACUAAUACCGCCAUUGCAACCGGUGAUGACUGCAUUGGCAUAGUUCAAGACUGCCACAAUAUCUACAUCACUAACGUCACUUGUGGUCCAGGACAUGGCAUUAGUGUUGGUAGCCUUGGAAAAUGGUCUUACGACAAGGGUGUCAGCAACAUCGUUGUAAGAAACUGCACAUUAGUUAACACAACGAAUGGUGCCAGAAUCAAGACUUGGGGUGGGACAACUUCAGGUGAAGCGACUGGCAUCAUCUAUGAAAAUAUUGUAAUGAAGAAUGUGAAAAACCCCAUCAUCAUUGAUCAGAACUACGGUCGCAAAAACCAA